GAUUCCAAAAUUGUGCACGUGUUUUUACAAUCUCAUAAUAUUUCACAACAUAAAACAACGCUUCUUAUUAUACUGGUGCAUAUAACGUCCUAAAGCUCAACGGAUAAACUACUUCUUGUGUGUUGUUUGUUUCAAAAAUCCAAAAUGUAAUCUUCUAAAGGCUGCAUGCCAUGUCGAAAGAAGGUUAUAGUUCUGAAAAAAAAGAAGGUGAUAGUAAAGUUGUUUUGGAGAAGUUGCAAAGCUAUUUAAAAGAUAAACGAAGUGUCGAAGCAGCGGAACCGGGUGUAGGUUACAACAGACCGAGCACAAGCUUCGAGCCAAGCCCUCACAUACAGGCUGACGACAACAGUAACGUGUUAAGAGAGGUUCUCAACCACAAAAAAGCGGAGCUGCUUCGUCAGCCGGAGAUAGUGGAGUUCCUGAAGACACUAGCAGCAGACCUGAAGAAAUAA